GUCUCUUAGYCACAUCCUUACAGUUUUGAUAUUUCAAUGCAUAAUGUACCAAAUAGUAUUUCCUAAUGACACAACUCCAAGUGAGAAACAGAAAUUGUUGUCAAAUGUCCUUAAAGCCUUUGACAUGAGUUUGGAUUUUUUUGAAGAAAAUGUUAAAGAGAUGAAUAUGGACGCCAUAUUUGGUCUUCGAGUUUCGCAAGGUGUUUUGGAGACCACUUUGAGUGCGUUUGAUCAACUAAAACCCGUCUUAACACGAAUAAUUGCUUUGAAAGCUAAAGCUUCAGCAAUUAUUGAAAAAUCACUCCCUUAUCUAAAAUCCUCUAACAUCAAGUACUAUAAUCAAGUCAGCUUUAGCGUGAAGAACCAAUGGAAGUUAGUCAGGCCGUUCAGAAGACUUAUGAAUAGAUCAAUUGAUGUCAACGAGGAAGAUGUCUUGACGAAGAACGGCWAUGCCUAUCAGCCAUGUAUGGAGGCCAUAUUUGGCAGUGGUAACAGUGAACCAUGUAACGUUACAAAAGUGUGUUGGCGCAUUAUGUUAAGAAUGGAUAAGAUUGGAUACUCAUUAACGCACCAAGCGUUGUAUUUUAUGUUUGCGCAGCAGAUUAAAGGGUGCUCGUCCAUCGUUUCUGUGAAACUGCAACAAUCAAGUAUAAAAGGGGGAUUCGACCACUUGUAUGAGGUCAUCUGCUCGUUGAUGUACCCACAAAUGAURGUMCUUGAGAAAAACAACAAGGGCUUCAUUCAGUUAGACCUGUACUUUGAACAAGCACUCGUUUGUGGYGGUUUGAUUGGAUAUGAAGACUUUUUGUCUAAAACUAGACUCUUGCAACUUUUAAAGAAUCAAUUUCCAUCAGGUUGCUAUGGUGACCCAAAACAAAACCCAAAGAGAAUCUUUACUGACACAGCAAACCCCMAAAMAUUUGCGAGACCAAAGCGCACAAAGAAAAUGCUAGCAGAUGGGUGCGAGGCUCACAUCUCUGGCAUUGCAUCUGCUCUACUUUCAGUCUAUAUCCGCUGGCUUUUACUAGGAAGUGAUCAAGUUCAUGCAAACAAUAUACUGGACACGAUACAAAAGCAAAUGUAGAGAUUUUUCAGAGGGUUUUAAUAAAUGAUUUGUUACUGAGUGCUGCAUUAAGGGCCCCCAGUGUGCCUAGGGCAUCUUUUCGAUAUACUCUCUGGGACAAAUAAUCAUUUUWGUUAUUUGGAAGAAAGUCAAAAAUAUAUUUGAAAUAAAGAUUGAAGCACAAUAAGAAUGACUGUCAUAUAUAGAUCAGUGAUAUUGUCAUGUUUGAUGUCAUCAAGAUUUACAUUCUAAAGUUUCAUAUGACCUCUUAAGGCUGCAUUCAUUACGUAUACUACA